AUGGCGUCCGCUCAUAUCCCGACGUCGCUGAACAUUGGGAAUUUCAGCCAGGACAUUCCGCCAUUGGCUCGGUGUCACAAGCUCUGGGAUAAUCGAACAGCCCGUUUCACGCCUUGUGCGCUGCCAUAUGUCGCCACUUUCCCGGCCAUUAUUGGCGCCAUGGUUCUGUUGACUUAUUCAUUACGAAUAUUCAGCGCAUACCAGCCGGAAUGGACAAAGCCGUUCGUCAAAGAAGAGAAAGAAAGUUCAAACGAGAUGAGCCCUACUUUCUGGAGUCGGCCGCUGUCUGCAACCUUCGGAUUACUGAUGGUUUCAAUGAUCGGACUCACGAUGCAGCUGUUGGCCAGCUUUCUCCCCAUCUUCUCUCAUGACGGCAUUUAUCCUUCAGUUGCUUGGGUCAUCAUCAUCAGUAUCAUUGUUAUCGAACGCCCAAGGGCGGCCUCGCUAUCGCUUAUCGUUCUGUAUAUCGGCCUGUUCCUCGAAAGACUUGUUAUGCUUUCUCAUGGUCGGUUUCCAUUAGCACCACGCGAUGCGCCUGUUAUUUUAGCGGCAGCAACAGCAUUGAUUGGCAUUUUUAUCGUCCUGAAUAUGCCUCUGCGCGAUCCAGCUCUGCCGCGGGAUGGUAUUAGUCCCGUUUCCACUGCGCCUACCGUCGACUUGCGGACACCAGAAGACAAUUUGACGCCUUUCCAAUACAUGACUGUGUCGUGGAUGCGACCUCUGAUCAAGAAAGGGAAGACCAGAGACAUGAACGAUGAAGAUGUUUGGGAUUUGGGCUAUGAGUUUAAGCAUGAGAGACUCCACAGCGCCUUUCGCGUGCUCCAAGGAUCAGUGACAAGAAGGAUAUUCUUUGCCAAUGGCAUGGAUUUGGUCAUUACAACAUUGCUUGCACUUUUUCAACUUGCUUUAACAUUGGCAAUCCCUGUCCUCUUACAGCAACUGCUUGCGACCAUGCAAGAUCCGAACUCUAGCGGGAACGCCACCAUCACUUACGCUUGUAUUGCGCUUUUCUUCCGGCUGAUCAAUGCUCAAAGUCAAGUAUUUGCCAUAUGGCAUCAAAGAAGGGCUUAUGAGCGAUCACGCGGUGAGAUGAUCACGAUGCUUUACGAGAAAACCCUCAAUAGAAAGAUACUGGGCGCGAAGCAAAAGUCGGAAGAAGAGCGAUUACACGGUCACUCCAACGGCGAAGUCAAUGGAAAUGCCAAUGGUCACGCCAACGGAGAGACCGACAAAAAGCGGACAUGGCCCCGUCACUUUCAGUGGGCUUUCGUGGGUCCGCUUUUCUCUAUUCGGAAUCUGUUCAAGAAGAAACCAGCUGAGCCCGAAAAGAAGGACGACGCAGCUGCCUCUAUGGGCAAGAUCUUGAACCUCAUGCGGAACGAUGUAUAUGAGGUGUCACAACGCUUCUACGAAUUUUCUGACAUCAUCUCUAAACCAGCAGGAGUCAUUUUCGCAACACUCCUUAUCUGGAGGAUGCUUGGCUGGUCCUGCUUGCUGGGUGUUCUGGCAUUAUUUAUCACGCAAUCGCUGAACGUCGUCAUUGCUCGCUACAAAGUGUAUUUCGAGAAGAAGCGCAGAGUUGCUACAGACGAAAAGUUGCAGCGAAUCAAUCAAUUUAUCGAAUCAAUCAGACAUUUGCGAUGGUACGGAUGGCAAGACUCCUGGUUGAACGGCAUCCUGGAAUCGCGUCAGAAGGAAUUGCAUCUUCGUGUCAUCUUGAUAGUCUUCGAGACGACCCUGGCUUUCGUAGUCAAAUUCGGUGUCGGAUUAUUCCCAUUGGUCGCAUUCUACGCAUACACGAAAUUGUCUGGCAAAUCGCUCCGCGUAGACCUCAUCUUCCCGGCUAUCGACCUGUUCAACCUACUAGACUCUUAUCUCCGCGAAUUACCCAGAAUGAUCACCACACUGCUAAACGCCUAUGUCGCGAUGGGUCGAAUCGAGUCAUUCAUGCAAGAACCCGAUAAAGAACAAAACGAUGUCGUUCCAGAAGGAACUGCUGAAUUGAGUCUGCAGAACGCAUCUUUCGCUUGGCCUGGCGUAGAGCAGAACGUCUUGAGCGAUAUCACCCUAGCAUUUCCGCAUGGACUUACUGUCAUCUACGGAGAAGUGGCUUCAGGAAAAACAGCUCUUCUCCAAGCACUGCUGGGAGAGCUCGACAAGACCGCCGGCGAGUUCGUGCAACCGGACCAGGUUAUUGGCUAUUGCGCUCAGACGCCAUGGCUACAAAGCAUGAGCAUCCGAGACAACAUCCUCUUCUCGUACCCAUACGAGGAAGCACGCUACAAGCAAGUCCUGGACGCAUGCGGACUUCUUCCUGACAUGGCUGACUUCAAACACGGCGACUUGUCUAACAUCGGCGAGAAUGGUAUCGGACUCUCAGGUGGGCAGAAAGCUCGAGUAGCGCUUGCACGCGCAGUGUACAGUAAGGCGGAUGUAAUCAUGCUCGACGACCCACUCUCAGCGCUCGACCACCAAACUGCAGAGUUCAUUGUCCGUAAGCUAUUGGCCGGACCACUGCUCGCUGACCGCACCACCAUCUUGGUCACGCAUCGUACGGAGCUCUGUCACGGCAUUUCAAAGCAGUGGGUGGAGCUCAAUCACGGCAAAGCUACAAUUCAUGAGCCUGCCCCUGAAGAAGAGAACGCACUCAAGCGCCAAGAGACACAAGAAUCAAUCUCGGAAGAGGAAGCCAAGAAACGGGAGGAAGCACAGGCGGCGGCUGUUCCAGACAAGUUUAUCGAAGAUGAGCACCGUGCAACAGGAACCGUGAAGCUCCAGGUCUACUGGCGUUACAUUAAGGCUGGAACAUUCCUCUGGUGGUCCGUGGCGAUCUUCGUCAUGAUCCUCUUCCGUGUCAUAGAUGUUGGCCAAGGAUGGUAUGUCAAAGCGUGGGGUGAAGGAUACGAUUACGAUCACCCACGAGGCACAUUCGACUUCCUCCCUCCUCCCGCGCAAGAUGUGGUCCCGUGGCUAGUUGGAUUCUUCGUCUUCGUUGUGAUCACCUCCGUUACGUUCUGGUGGGUCUACAUUGUCAUGUACGGCGUCGGAUAUCAAGCAGCGAAAACUAUCUUUCGAGAAGCCGUCGACAAAGUUGCGCAUGCCACAUUCCGCUUCUACGACGUUACGCCUGUAGGAAGAUUGAUGAACCGUCUUACGUCGGAUAUGAACACCAUCGAUGGACAUCUGAGUUUCAUCUUCACAAUCGUCAUUUGGCAGGCUGUCGGCUUCGUCAGCUCCAUAGUAAUCAUCUUGACUGCGGCGCCAGCAUUUCUAGCGUUCGGAGUCGUGCUCAGUGCAUGCUAUGUAUACUACUUCAGGCUUUUCUUGCCCACUUCUCAGACACUUCGUCGUCUCGAGAUGGUCUCAUUAUCGCCUCUGAUGUCCAAUUUCGGCGCCCUCGUCGAAGGCCUCACCACCGUCCGCGCCUUCUCCGCUCAACCCCGCUUCCAAUCCAACGUCAUCACCGUAGUGGACAGCUUCCAGGCAAAAGACCACUUUUAUUGGUCCCUACAAGCCUGGCUUGGUCUCCGCUUCUCCACGCUGUCUGCCUCCUCAACCCUUGCCAUGGCCAUCAUCGCAGUCUACACGGGCAUCUCCCCCGGUCUAACCGCCUUCGUCCUCAUCACCGCAAGCAAAUUCGUCAUCCAGACCGAGCAACUCUGCAAAAUCUACGGUCAGCUGGAGAUGGACUUCACCAGCGUGGAGCGCGUCGUUGAGCUUCUUGAUCUUGAGACGGAGGAUCCUGGCUUUGUGAACCCGCCUGCCCACUGGCCUACGUAUACCGGCGACAUCGUUUUCGAAAACGUAACCAUCCGGUACGCGCCAAAUCUCGACCCCGCGCUGCAGGACAUCAGUCUGCGGAUCCCAGCUGGCUCGAACACCGCUGUCAUAGGGCGCACCGGCAGUGGAAAAUCUACGCUCGCACUCUCACUACUUGCUACCAUCGCGCCCGAGGCAGGCCAGAUAUACGUCGACGGCGUGGAUAUUGGGACAGUAAACAAGCAGGCGCUGCGCAACCGCGUGACUUUCCUCGCGCAGGAACCCGUGCUCUUCCCAGGCACCAUGCGGAAGAAUCUUGAUCCCCUGGACGAACACAGUGACGCUGCUUGCGAAGCUGUGCUCUCCAAAAUCGCGGGGAACCACGCGUGGACACUGCAAACCAGCAUCGAAGGCGGCGGAAAGGGCCUUUCACAGGGACAGCGCCAGCUCGUUGGCCUGGCACGCGCGAUGUUGCGAAGGAGCCCUGUGUUGAUCAUGGAUGAAGCCACUGCUUCGAUAGACUUUGAGACUGCGCAGAGGAUACAAAGUGUACUAAGGGAGGAGAUGAGGGAGAGCACCGUGAUUACGAUUGCGCAUCGGCUGGAGGCGGUGCAGAAUGCUGAUUACUGCAUAGUGUUGGGCAAGGGCAAAUUGGUGAAGAGCGGGAAGGCGAAGGACAUGCUGAGGAAGGGGGGUGAAUUUACGGGAAUGUUGGCCUAG